GUGAGAAGGGCUAGAAUAGCUUAGUAGGAAAAAGCCUGAAGGUUUUGCUGUAAGUUCGUGCUCUUGGGUCCGGGGAAGGACCAGUCCGCUCGUUUACGGAUCUUUUCCGUUAAAUGUGGGUCUGGAGCAAGUGCCAUGCCUCUGAAAGUAGUGCGUGGGUCCCUUAGGGUGAUAAAAAAUUCUCUGCCGAAGCACCUACAGAAAGCCGAUCUCGAGCAUUUGCAGCUGGGGCGCGAUUAUGCGAACCAAUACAUUCAGGGAUCAGUUGUCACGUUCUAUCGAUUGAUUCGUCUUAGAAAUGAGACAUCUUUCUUCAAGAUAGUACUUCAAGAAUCAGUAAACUCAUCUUCCAGGAAUAGCAGCAUCUAUAUUUUAAUAUUUGGGAAACUGGCAGAAGAUUGUGCCAAAGGUGUCCAACAAGGGGAUAUCAUCAUGGUGGCUGGGUUCAGUUUGGCAAAGUCCACAAAUGAUUGCAAUAGGCAUGAGUGUCAGGUGGAAGUGUCUGAUGAAGCCGGCUCAACGAUUUAUGUUUGUACUCGAUCAUCACGAAACGUGACUGGGGAAGGAACAGUAUCCAUGAAAGUUAUUCCCCAAUACACAUACACUCCUCUGAAUCACCUUAAAAAUGAAACUGUUGUCAAUUUAUAUGGGGCUGUGAAAUUCUUCAAACCUGCAUAUUUAAGCAAAGGAACUGAUUAUUGUUCAAUGGCAACCAUUGUAGAUCAGUCCAAUGUGAAGCUGAGGUGUUUAUUUUUUAAUCGAGACAAAGAUGCCCUUCCACAGAUCUACAGAAUUGGUGAUAUUCUUCGACUUCACAGAAUAAAGAUCAGAAAAUUCAAUGACCAGCUCCAAGCGAUUUCACGUUCUGGAUUGGCUUCACUUACAUUUGAUGGUAACAUUGGAGCUCCAACAAUACCCCGAACAUCUAGUAAAACAUUUUCAUUUACGGAUGAAGACAGAAAAACCGUGGAAGACUUGCGUGUUUGGAUAGCAAGUAAUCUUUUCAGUCUGCCUCCCAUGAAAAAAUUAUGUGACAUCCAGCCAUCAAUGUUUUUUGAAUUCACUGGCCAACUAAUAGGAAAAGCUAAAGUGGAUGGAUCUUCUUAUCUUCUCAAGGUAUGGGAUGGCACAAAAUUCCCUUUCCCAUCUUGGAAUGUGCUUGUUAAAGAAGAAGACCUAGAGGGAGAUGAAUAUUUUCUACGUCGAUUAAAAUAUCUAACAGUGGAUAUUGUAGCUUAUGAUAAUCAUGUGCAUCUGGCAAAACUAUUAAAGAUUGGACAGUUCAUUUCAAUGUACAACGUGCACGUCAAAAGCCAAAGUUCUGAAAACGGGCCUGAUUUUACACAGUUUCUUCUUCAUGGAGGCACCAGGCAUGGUACUGGGAUUGUUGUCCUGCCUGAAAGCCACCCAGAUGUCAUCGAACUAAAGUCAUUUCUGGGCGCUGUAGACUUGGCAUUAAGCGAGAGUUCAGAAAGAGCUUCUCCGGAGCCUGAAAAUUCUUAUACUUUAUUAGGAUCCUGGGUAGAAAGAUGUCAGCAGUUGUCUGUUACAGUAUUAACAGAUCACCAGGAUUUUGAUGCAACUACACUGAAUACCAUCAGAAUGAGCCAGAUUCCUCAGAACUACCGCAUCAGAGCUAGGCUGCUUAAAUUUGAGCCUGAGAAACUCCACCAGUCUGUAAAACUUCAUUGCCCUCAGUGCAAUUCAUUGCAAGAAAUCCCAGAUGGGACUGAACUUGAUUCAAUUUUACAAGAAGCUUCAACUACUUCAGAUUCAAACCUGCAAAGCACCUCGUUCUUCAAUUCUGUAAUGUGGCAGGUUGAAAAUCAGGGACAGCGGCAGGUAGCUGUUCAUUUUGUGACACACAAAGAACUACUACAAGACCCAGAGGAUACUUUAAUUUUCCUAGAAGGAGGGACUCUGAAUGAAAUCUUGAGGUUCACUAAAAAAUUUAAAGGAAUUAUACCAGUGGCAUCCAAAGAAGACAGUCUUGUGCUGUUGGAUCUUUCAGUUCCAUAUUUUUGGGAAGGAAACAUGCAGUAUUAUGGGUGCAAGCACUGUUCCAAACCUAAAGCUAUGGAAAGUCUGGAUUGCCUUGCUUCACAGCAAAAUCCAUCUUGGGAAUACACUUCUAUAGCACAAGAGUUAGGAAUUGCACCGCUCGAGUACGUCUUCGUGAUGAAGUUUACAUUGGAUGAUGGAACAGGAACAUUGGAUGUAUAUCUCCUGGACAGUAAAAAAUUCUUCCAAAUUCCAGCUUCUGAAGUCUUAAUCAAUAAUACAUUUCAAGAGAAUAUGGAGAUGCUCAUGAAUAGACUUUGCCCUGCAGGCAGAACUCUAGAUGACUUCCCAUGGCUUGAAUGCUUUAUCAAAUCUUACUAUGUCAGAGAUGGAACAGAAAACAGACUUUGCUAUCAAAUUUUUGAUACUACAGUUGCUGGAGAUGUCUGCUGAGAAGAUUCAAAGUUUAUAAUUUUUAUACCUUCACUUGAAUAAAUAAGCAACAUAGCAUUUUUAAUAUUGUACUUUUCUACCAUGUGGCUAAAUAAAGAACUUGCCUGAGAGUAUAAUAUUUAAA